AUGCGGGCCAAGCGGUGCUGGCGGGCCAUGCUCGCCGCGCUGUCGGCGCUGCUGGCGCUUGCAACCGCCUCGGCCGAGCUGGACGUCACAACCGUCGCUGUGUUCGAUCCCUCAAAGCGAGGGAAAAUGAUGUAUGGCGACACUUGCUCGACGGUGAUGGAGUGUGGUUUUCCCGAAUCAGUGUGUGAUGAAGUGCAUAAGAUCUGCCGUUGCCACCCAGAUGUGCCAGUUACGAACCACGUUGACAAGUGCGGAAAACCUGCUGGGAUCAACGAAAGCUGUAUUUUCAACGAACAGUGUGAAGAUGUUGUGUUCAAAACCGAAUGUAGGAACGAGAGAUGCGUUUGCAAAUACGAGUUGGUCGCAGAGGUAUCUGUGGAUGGCGGCAUAGUAUGCAACCCUGAAAAGGAAAUAGAAAUAUCAACUAAGACUUUGGACCCGGCGAUGAUUGGUGUACUAGUUGGCAUGGCGCUUAUGUUUGUCAUCAUUUGUGUUGUCUUGAGACUCUUUAGUCGUGCGCGAUGGCGGGAGAACAGAACGAUUUUCAACACACCAAAUCCCCGACUAAUGAAUGUGUCCCUAUUAAGAGAUUCAAAGCUUUUACAUUCGCAGGAUCGCCGAGGUUCCCGUGUAAGCGUUCGACCUCCAUCAAGACAAGCUAGUCAACAGGAACUCAGACCACAUUCGCCUAUACCAGGUUCUCGGCGUGGUUCUAAAGCAAGCAGCGGACAUUCCGGUACAUCCCUAAGGUCAGCAACGCUCCGGUCACCGAACACGACGGGCCCAACCUCAGUUACUGUUGAGAUUCGUCCACCAGACGCAUAA